AUGGUAGCCAUCACCGCCCGCGACCGACCCAAAACCGACUACGAGCGAUGGCUAGAACUCCAAGGCAACUCCGAUGACGACCACGCAUCUGGCAGCGAUGAAAAAAAAUACCAUCCUCCAGGGCCUUUACCUGUUCCAGAACAUGGUGGUCAAGAUGCACAUGCAAAAGCAGACGAUGACAAUAAGCAUAAAUACACCCCUCACGGCACAUUUCUCCAUCAUGGGUAUCAUCAUGAACGGCCUGGUGCGUCAGCCGACAACAACAUCAACAAUCAUCCACAUCAUGCAUUACUACCACAUCAUCGCUUGGAUGGACCCUUUCCUGGAAGCUACGGAGGCGUUGCGAUGAAGUUGGCGCUGCUGGUACUGGUGGUAUUGGUGAUACUGCGUGCGGUGCGGUUUGUUCGAGGCCGACGACAGCAGCCUAUUCGGUUACAGUUACAGAGUCCGAGGACGGUGCAGGGUGGGUUUGGAGGGAGGGAGGAUGGGGGGAAGAGGAAUCUGGUUUGA